AGGGAAAGGGUGACUGGCGGACCCGGCUGUGGCGAUCCGAAGUCGCGGAUUCGGCACGCCGCGGUUUACCGAACGUAAUAUGGCGUACAAGUUUCGCGAGGAGAUCGUGGGAAAGAGGUUUCUCUCGGUGAGUGGUUUCACCAAGCUGAAGGUGAAUAAGAUUAGUGAGUGGGGUUGGCGUGCGGGGGUGAUACGUGCCGCCAGUCACAGGGAUAACGGCUGUCAUGAUCUCCAGAUCCUCGUAGAGUACGACGACGUAGAGUGGCAAAGGAGGGAGUGGCUGUCACCACAUAGGGAUGCCGUAUUCUCCUUCUUUCUCAUUGAACGAGGUCUCUACUGGGCCGAACGACCUGACCCCAGGCACGCCAGUCUCAUCCCCAUCGAUCAUCACAAUCACGCGAACAAUAACCACCAUCAGCACCGCAUUAACGGGAAACCGCUCAGGGGCGCCACGGCGGUCGCCGACACCGUUGCUUGGCCAGCUCUCACUUUCUAUCCUCUCGUGGCACGCGCUGAGUUGCACGAGGACGCCAUGCCGAUCGAGUUUAUGCAAGAUCGCAAACUGGACUUCGUCGACUAUUCGAAGUUAAAGCCGUUCACUCAGGACUGGGAGCUGACUAAGGGCGCGAUGCCCUGGGGAAACGCCGUUAGGAGAUGGGCCGAGAUGCAGGACGGUCAGAGGAUCCUGCUGACUACGCCCAGCGUUCUGGUCGGCUUCAGAGUCGAAGUUUAUCGGGCGGAAGGCACCACACAAUGGUACACAGCCGUGAUCGUCGGUUACAACGAGUCCACCAAGGAUUUGACUGUCACCGAUGACACGGUCCUCGAAGAUCAUAACGAGGAUCCCACAUUAGUACAAAUGCGGCUGAUUGGCGACGGAGUCGUCGAGAGCAUCAUGAGGGGCGAGGUCGUCGGCAUGACACCAAGGAGGUCGAGGUCAUCGACUGCUCUGACGCACGCGCUCGUUGUGCCACGACCCGGAAGAAGGCCUCGAAGACGGCCGGGAAACGCGGCGCAAUUACAGACAACUCCGCGGGUACAAAGCCCAAUAUCGCAGCAACUCGAAAAAGAGAAGAACAACGCCCGUAACAAUCGACGCCGACGCGUGAGCGAGGGUGCCAGUCGCGAGAGAACCGAAAAAGAUUCGGCGGAUACCGCGUUAUCCACGCGGCAACAGGAGGAUCGCGAGAAUAAAGGUCCGCCGUCGGGCAAGGUAAGCAAUCGUGUUGCGCGGCCGGUGUUGGAGGAAGCGAAUAGUGCGUCGGGAAGUGUUUCGAAGCUACGAAGACGCGGCCCCGCGGUAAAAAGCCCGACCACCGAUCACCAGAGUCCGGCGCAGCACCAGAGACCGGUACGAAGAAGACCAAGGUCGGGAGGCGGCCAAGAAGUCAAGACAGGCGCAGAGGGAGAGUCUGUCGAGCAUCAUCGUACCGAGGCGAGAGCCGACAAGGACGAACGCCUCGGUAACAGAUCGGAAGAAGAGGAGGAAGAGGAAGAGGAGGAAGAGCGUCUCGAGGGAGAGGAUGAAGAGAGUCAGGAACGUUGCGAUCCACUGACUAAGCGGCUAAGAACAAGCCCCGUCGGCAGAAAGCUCCGGUCCGAGAGUAGUAAGGGCAAAAACGCCGAGGAAGCUGCAGCGGAUCGGGCCAGAGAGUCGGCGGUGGAGGCAGAGAGAGAGGUCGAGGACGAAGACGACGACGAAGAGGAAGCGGGGGUGGGAAAACACGACAGGGCCGAACGAGAGGUCAGUAAACUUGAGGAGGACGAGGAGAGUCAGUCCAGGGAGCGGGACAGAGAACCCGAGCCACCACCUCCGGAUAAAGUCGAUCCCGGAGGCGAUCCGGCUUCCAAGGAGGAGCAGCAACCAGAUAACAAAUCAGAAUCGGGAAAAGACGCUCGCGCGACCGAUUGGGGCGCGGAUAAAGUCGGCGAGCGCAAGGAACAGCAGCAACAACAACAACAGCAACAGCCACCGCAGUUACUCGUGAAUGGAUUGCACGUCGACUCGCCGCUGGUCAGCGACAAGACGAAUGUCAUCCGCGAGGGCAGUCCGUCGCUGCUGAAGUCGACUCGAUCUAAGACAAAGGGCUCCGCGGAAGAAGACAGAGAGGACGUAGCGGCGGCGGCGGCGGCGGCAGCAGAGGACGAGCGCGACGAAAACGCUAGUGAGGAAGAGGUGGGUUCGCAGCGGUCGCGACGCACAGAGCUGACCACCACUGAGUUAGGCACGGAGGAUAGCGUGGGUAGCGUCGGCGGCGUGAGGGCGGCCAGCGUCGAGUCGGUCGUCGAGCUGCUGGAGUCGAGCAGUCAGGACUCAGGCUCCGUGCUGGAGAGGCUGAGUCCGUUUAGUAGCAGCGGCGGCGGCGGCCCCGGCAGGCAGAGCAGCCUGCUCCUGGAACAGCAGCGGGAGCAGGAACGCAGUCGGCACAACGAAAGCCCGAUCAUCCUUGCCGAGAGACUGAACAAGCCGCCACCGCCGAUCGCCGGUCACCAUCACCACCAUCAUCUACAACCUUACCAUCAGUCGCAUCAUCAGCAGCAACAGUUCCAUCAUCAGCACCAUCAACAGCACCACCAGCAGCACGUCCAGCAGCAUUAUUCCGCCAACAAUCCGGUGAUCCACCACCAUCACCAGCAGCAGCAACAGCAGCAACAGCCGCCGUCGCAACAUCAUCACUAUCAGCUAGCGAGCAGCCCGCACCAACACCAUCACCAUCCCACCGCUCGCCUGACCCCGUCGAGCCUCCUCGAGGUACAACAGCAGUCUCACACAUCGAGGGGUGGCGAUGAGGCCGGCCUCAUGGAAGUGGAGGCCGGGGCCGGGAUACCUGGAGCGAACGUACUCGCCGGUGUGCCCACGGCGGUCGGCGGAAUACGGUCGUCGGGAGGCAGCAGCGGCGCCGCCGGCGUCGUCGGUACUUACGGCGACAGCGGCUCCGAUAGCGGGGUAAGCUCGCUGAAGAGCGCCGGUUCUGGCGACGAGAGAAGCGGCAGCAGGAGCUCAGCGCUCAGCGUCGAGGAGACGACGUCGUCCUCGACACCGUCGGCAGUGGUAGCCGCCGCCGCUGCCGCUGCCGCCGCUACCCCGGCCAGGAUUUGGCACGUGCAGAGUGUGCAGCACACGUCCCUAUUGAUGGCGCAUCCGUCCCAGGGCGCGCCCAACGCCGGCGCGAGUGCCGCGGCCACGGCGCCGCCGGUCGGCUAUCACAGUUCGGCGCCUCCGAGUCAUCACGCCGCCGAGAUGCUCUGGAGACCAUCCAGGGCCUACCCGCCGCUCUCGCACACUCUCUUGGGCCCACAACCAUCCAGCCCGGAGGAACUGCUCGAGAGAGAUCGCCACGAUAGGAUGCUCCGGGAACGCCGUGACGCGGAAGUACGCGAGAUGGAGAAGGCCAGGUUGGAACGGGAGAGACUUGAGAAGCAGCAGGCUGAACAACAAGUUCAUAAACACUUCGAAGAAUCGCUCAGGCUAGCGCAACAGAAGGUGUCUUAUGUCCCGCAGAGGAACAUGCAGUCGUCGAUAGGAUGGCCCGCUUUCAUGCAAGUACAGCAGUCGAGGACGCACGGGACGUUGACGGGUCACCCCGUCUCUAGCCACCAUCAUCCCAGCGGUCCACCGGGCGGGUCCGCCGCCGCCGCAGCCGCCGUCGCGCAUCCCGUUAGCAUCGCGCAGCAGCAGGUGCAGCAGCGGGAGCGUGAGGAACAGGAACGGGAGGCGCGGGAUCGCGAGCGGGAACGAGAAGUUCGCCACCAGCGGGACCACAGCAUGGCGGCGGCUGAGAGGAUGCACCAACGGCAGCACGAGGCUAGGGAGAGGGCCGAGGCCAGGGAAAGAGUCGCCUAUUACGCGACCACGGCACCGUCGGCUCAACAGGUUCGACCUUCGAGCGUGCCCGGGAAAGUCGAGUACCCGCCACCACCGGCGCACUCGCGGACGUCGAAAUCGUCGUUACAGGUCUCCGCUCGAGAUCGGCCAAUAGUUGGGCCGACGCAUUCACUACCGAAAGUCGAGCCGAGCCUGUUCAACUAUUCGACGUAUCAAGCGCAGCCACCCUGCACGACGUAUUUGCAUGACCUCAAGUUAAAAAACGACAUGGGGCCGCACAAGUCGUUAUCGAGCAAGAGCGAGCUGACCGGCGGCCUCGAGAGGGACCAUCACGGCAGAGAGGUGCUGCAGAAUCCACCAUCCCUGCUGCCGGACCACAAGAGCUCGGUGAUCGUGAAGAACGAAGGCAGGGAGCUGCCGAAGACUCCAGCGCCACAACAACACUCGUCCAGCCCGAAGAUAAUGCCUUAUAUGAACGUCCAGUCGGUAGCACCGCAGCACAAGUCGUCGGCGUACGAAUACAGGAGCCCGACGCAGAGCCCGCAUCAUCUGCAUCCCGCGCACUUGGACGGUCUACAGGCGGUGAAGAGCAUGGCAUCGUCCGCGAGUCACCACCGCGGCGGCAGUGGCAGCGGCGGAGCGACGACGACGCAAUUGCCGAGUCCGCAUGGCCAUCCACCGCCGCCGGCGCAGCCCGAGCAGCGCCUGCACUCGCACAAUCCCCGUCAGUCCCCGCAUGCCCCGCCGCAGCAUCCACAUCAGCCGCCGCCACCUCCGCAUCCAUCGCCGCCUGAAUCGCGCUAUCUCAGCAGGCCGGAACCCGCGGGUCUGCCGUACGGCGCGGCCAAGUCCACGUAUUCGUACUCGCAUCCGCAUCCGCCCACGGCCUCGCCGACGGCGGCGUCGCACUACGCCGCGCCGCCGCCGGCCGGCUCCAAGCCGAAAGUCAGCAGCCCGGCGCCGCCGCACAUCUACGGCAAGCCUAACUCCGGCAUUAUGACCGGUACCCCGGUCUGCCGUGCCUCUGAAACGCCUGUCGCCGCGCCAAUACCGCUGACCUCGAAGGCCGGUAGCUCGCCUUACCAGCAAGUGCCUCAUCAUCACGGGGCGCCACCGCCGCCGUUGCCGCCACCCGCGCACAGCCGGUCCGUCUACGACAGCCGCGGCUUCGCCGGCUCGUUGCCGGGCGCGAAACUGCCGCCGCCGACGUUGCACGGCUCGCCGCCCACGGCUGCCUCGGCGCCGCUUUCAAGGCCGAUCGCUCAUCCCGCUCAUCCUGCUCAUCCCGCGCAUCUCAAUACCAGCCCGCACCAGCAGCCCGGCCAGACGUUGCAGCACGCGCAGUCCCAGAUCACCGCGGCCUUCCAGACGCAACCGCUUGACCUCGGAGUGGAGAGGUCAGGGUCGCCCAAGAGGAAAGCGCCGACACCGCUGUUGUGUGACAACGCCAGUGGCCAGCCGGUGUCGUUAGAAGUUUGUAAGAAGCGAAGAACCGAGGAACCGCAACCAUUGUCCUUGCAGUCCGUCGGUCAACCCGUUCUUUCAAGGGUGAGCGAACCCAGUCCGCUUAUCGCCUCGGCCGCAACGUCCAUCACUACAGUUGUUAACACCGCGGCAUUGUUAGCGCAGCCGAACAGUCAGGCGAUGCAGGAGCAGCGUACGGUGACGGCAGCGAGCCCGGCCCCGGGAACCGCCAGCGGCGACGGCUCCGUACGACCCUCUAGCACCGGCAGCGUAUGUUCGUUGAAUCCGGCACCGGUGAGCGCGGCACCAAGCCCCGCGCCCAUUCCCAGUCCGGCGCCGUCCACGGCACCCAGCCCGGUGCCCAGUGCGCCUGGCACGCCUGCCAAGACGAAUCCCAGCAACGCCGACAGCGAGAAGUGCAACAGUCCGGCACCGAGACCACCCAGCAGUACCAGCUAUCCAGUGCACAAACUGAAGAAGGCGUGGCUGCAGAGACAUUCGAGGUGCGAGGACGGCACCGAGAACACCACCAGCAUGGCCAGCAGCGUCACGUUACCGCUCAAUAUCUCCCGCGAGACCCCGUCGUCGAAUAGCAAGGAUCGCGACAGCAACAACGCGUCGUCAAAUGCGAACAACAGCAACGCAUCAACCACCUGUUUGCCCAGCGCGGUAAAUUCGAUCCACAAUAUCGGUAGCAUGGCGGUGAACAGCAUCAACAAGAGCAAAGUUACCGGCAAGAGCGGCCGAAAACCGGCGAACAAGGAGUCGCUGAACGGUCACGCCACUGACACCAGCAAGACCCCGCAGGAGGACUCGUCCAGCAGCGACCCGGAGAGGAAGUCGCCGCCCAAACGGAAGCCACCCAAGGUAAAACGAAAGAAGGGCGCCGCACGAAGGCAACAAACGGCCGCGGAAGAUCAGCGGAGGCGGAAGGAGGACAAGCAGGGCGGCGGAGCUGGCGUGGGCAGCGAGUCCAGCAACGAGAGCGAGGCGGGCUCCGCCAGCGACACCAGCGAACAGUUGAGCUCGAUUCAGCCUGCGUCGAGAGUUCGACACACCACGGCCAAUUCCAACAAUUCCUCGGGAAACGGAAAUAACAAGGAACCUAGGAAACGUGGUAGGAGACCAAAGACUACGAAGAAUAACGAAGUGGGAGGCGAGGACCAACAACCCCGUCAGAAGAAGGAACGCAGAGACGACAGUACGAGCGGCGGUAACAGCGGCCCGGGCGGAAGUGGCGGACGGGGUGAUCCCUUUCGUAAGCCGCCGAUAUCGCAACUGAAGAAAACCGGCGAGAGUUGGCUGCAGGACGGCGCCUGUUUCGAGGUGGCUUCGAAGUUGGCUAAGUGCCGCGAAUGUCGAUGGACGCCGAACCAGCGCAAUAAGAACCUUCCUCAGAAUAUCUUCUGCAGAUUCUACGCGUUUCGCAGACUGCGUUAUACCAAAAACGGACAAUUGGCCAUAGCGGGAUUCAGUGAUCCACACAAGGACGCGUCCGAGGAUGAUCUUCGAUUAUGGUUACCGGGAAAAGAUAGCCAAGAGACAACAGGAAAGGAUGACAAAUCCGAGAAAAAUGAGAAGGACAAGGGAGAUCGAGAGGACCUAGACUUAGAAACGGCUCAUCGUUUGCUUCGGCAGGUUGGCGAUCAAUUCUGUGAUCUUUUACAUCAAGAGAAGGACGCUCUCCAAGAACAUAUGGCUGAAGCGAGUUCGGGGGUUGUAGACGGAACAGUAGCGUGGAAACGAGUGAUCCAGGGUGUUCGAGAGAUGUGCGACGUGUGCGAGACUACCUUGUUCAAUUAUCAUUGGGCUUGUGGCAAAUGCGGCUUCGUCGUGUGCAUCGAUUGUUAUAAGGGACGUAAAAAUGGGACGGUCAAAAUCUGGGGCGAAAGUGGAAAGGACAGGGAUGACUUUUCGUGGCUUCUGUGCACGAAUAGGCAAGUGCACGAACCGGAACGACUCAUGCUCACACAGAUCAUCGCCGGCGACAGUCUUCUCCGACUGGGCCAGCGUCUGCACGAAUGUCGCGCUGAAUGGGGAAUUCCGCAACACUGUGCUUGCUCUCUCAUAGCCACAUCGCAACCGAAUGAGAUCCUUCGAAAUCUGAUCAAGGGCGACUCCGUACCCGUACUCAAUGGAAACGUGAAGCAGGAGAUAAAAGAGGAGAAGAAGAUAAACGAGUCUAAUGGCGCAUCGGAGAGCAAGACCAACGGCGAGGAUAAAAACAGUCUGACUUGGCUGGCAACUGUGGCGCUAGAGAAUCAGCCCGACAAGAAUCAGGCGCUGCAGAAUCAAGCCGAUAGCGGACAAGAAUCCAGCUCGGAUUCGGAUGAUGCUGAUAAUUUCUCAACGUUGCGGGAGUUGCUCAUAAGGCCGUCGCACAAGUCAAAUGGUAGCGGCGGAUCCAGAUCGAAUUCGCCUACGAACAAUUCGGGCGGCGGCGUGAACAAUGCCACACAGAACAACGUCGCCAAGUCCGGUAAGAAGUCGAAGAUGGACACGCUCGACGAGGUAAUAUCCAGCGUGAUUGAACACAGCGUGAAAAAGGAAAAGGAUAGCGGCCUUGUUGAUGACGAAAAGCCACGGGAAUUGAAACACUUUGUGCGACGCUACAAGUGGAUGCAGCGCGGUCGCGAGCCGUUACCGAUCAGGAUUAUGACGGGGACGGAAAGCCAGAGUCUUUAUCCGGACGUGCCGCACUCCUGGCUCUGCGACGGCAAGCUGCUGAGGUUAAGCGACCCGAAUAAUCCGAACAACUACAGAAUAUUCCAGGAUCAGUGGAAACGGGGGCAGCCGGUGAUCGUGUCGGACGUCGCUAAGGCGUUGGACAUGAAUCUCUGGCAUCCUGACUCGUUUGCCCGCGAUUUCGGCGACGAGAAGAACGAUCUCGUUAACUGCAUGACCGGCAAUCUAGUGCCGAAUCAGCCGAUGCGCAAGUUCUGGGAGGGAUUCGAGUACUAUUCCAAGCGACUCAAGGACGAGCGAGGAAAUCCCAUGCUGCUGAAAUUGAAGGAUUGGCCGCCCGGUGAAGAUUUUGCCGAGCUACUGCCGUCGAGAUUCACGGAUCUGAUGAAGGUUCUUCCAUUGUCCGAAUACACACAUAGAAAUGGCAGGCUGAAUCUGGCGAGUCGUCUGCCUAAUUGCUUUGUGAGACCGGAUCUGGGUCCAAAGAUGUAUAACGCUUACGGUUCCGCUCUUUAUUCCAACAAAGGCACGACUAAUCUUCAUCUUGAUAUCUCGGACGCCGUGAACGUUAUGGUAUAUGUAGGAAUGCCAAAGGAUGUUAAUAACGAGGAAAGUCUCAAAGCUAGGACAGAGGCGAUGAGAGCGAUAGACGAAGCAGGCUGUGAUAUUCUGACGCGUCGACGCGCUCGCGAUGAGAAGGAGAAACCUGGUGCUCUGUGGCACAUUUACGCAGCGCGUGACGCGGACAAAAUUCGAGAUCUUUUGAAUGCCGUUGCCUUAGAACGCGGAGCUCGUUUGGAGCCUCACCACGAUCCUAUACACGACCAGAGUUGUUAUUUGGAUGGACCAUUGCGGGAACGAUUGUAUCGAGAAUAUGGUGUUGAAGGGUACGCCAUCGUUCAGUGUCUAGGCGAUGCAGUAUUUGUGCCAGCUGGCGCGCCACAUCAGGUCCGUAAUCUUCAAAAUUGUAUAAAGGUGGCCGAGGACUUUGUGUCGCCGGAGAACGUUUCGCAUUGCUUCCACCUGACCCAGGAAUUCCGUGCAUUGUCCGACACUCAUACCAAUCACGAGGACAAGCUUCAGAUCAAGAACAUCAUUUAUCAUGCCGUGAAGGACUCUUUGACCGUUCUAGCUAAUGUUAAGGAGGAGACUCUCGCCAAGCUCGCCAAGGCUAACAAUGAGACGAAAAUGAAGGAGGAGACUUAGCCCUAGGUCCUCCCUGUGCGGUUGUAAGACCGAUUGAUAAUUUCCUUGAUUGGGUCUCGUCGUCCAUGCGAGAUGAAUCACAGUCAGCGCUCCCGGACACAGCGAGACUGGCGUAACCGGAAGAAUCUGCAGAAAACCACCCUUGCCGCAAAAAGAUUGGUGGCAAAAAGAAGGUGCGAAGAUUUGUUGUGAUAUUUGUGAAGAGUUAAUGAUUUUAAUCGGAGGAUUUGAUUUGCGAUAUUGGCUGAGCCAAUGAACAUUAGUUGUACGUUGUUUCAUUCGAUUUUCCUUAUAUACAAUUCUUUUCUGCUCUCCCGUUUUUCCCCGAGAAAAGAUGCCCGCGGACAUGAAGUCCGACGAGCUCUAUUACGAGUGAAAAGAAAAUCGUAACUCGGAUCGCGCAUAGGUAAAAUGCCGCGUCCAUUACUAUUGUGAUACCAGAAGGACUUUGGAUCGUAUACAUUAUUUGUAAUUAAUUAUAUCGUGCCUGUAUCCAAUACAUACAUUCAUAUGUACACAUACACAAAACACACGCGUACAUACACACGUACACUUGUCUAUAUUAUAUAAAUGUAGAUAAUUGAAAUAUUAUGUAAUAAUUUUUGCUAGCAACUACCAGAGAUGAUGAAGGAGAGAAAGGGGGGGGGUCAUCUAGAAGUACCUUUGUGCAAUUAGGUGUGACUAUAAGUUAUUAUAGCUGGAUCAGCGAUAACUGUGGAUCCAUUUAAUCGUCUGCUCUGAUGAUCUGGUGCUUUUCGGUAUUUCAUCAAAACCCCGGCUAGAGGAUAGCCGAUACGUAUUCGCGUUCAUGUCUUCUAUGUUUCACGCGACAAGGGCGUAAAGAAUAAAACACUGCCUAACUAAUCGGUUCGACGACAAUGGAAGAAACAGACCUUCUCGCAUUUUUUUCCCCUUUCAUUCAAGUAGACAUUUCGUAUUGUUCGUAGAACGACGUUCUCGUAGAGAUGCUUUGUGUUUCUGUGGCGACGUAUGUAUCGGUUAUGUGAGCGACGGGGUGCUACAAGUUUUUGUAUGUCACUUCGAGUGUAAGGCAUCAGAACAAAAAAAAAGUACGAGAGAAAAACAACUUGUCCGAUAUUAACUUUUUCCAAGAUGUGACGGCGGAUGUGAAAUACCAUUGAAUUGAACAGUUUCAUUGUUGUCGUAACCCAGUGACACUACCCGGCGUGUAACGGACGGGAGAUACUAAUAAGAUGAACAUGUUAUUUUUGUCAAAGCGUAUACAAACCGUCUAUGUCGGACGAUAAAACGAAAAGACAGCGACAAUGUAAUUGUAAACGAGAUGCUGAGACACGCUAAAUGAAUAAAAAAUUAUUUACAGUAACAUUUUGAAGGAAAAAAAAUGGGGAAGGACGAAAAAAAGGGACGACUUUCGAAGUGCCAAUGUUGAAUUACGUGGGACGUUAAGUAAUGCGUGCGUUGUAUUGUAUUCGUGUAUGCGUAGGUAGAAAAGAGAAUGAACGAAAAAAAAAGGGAACUAAUUAGUCACGCAGAAUUCGCAGAGAUGACAGGGCCGAGUUCCUAUCAUUUCGUGACAGGUCGUGCGAACGACGAGGCUCUCCGCUAUUCGCACUGUCACUGACGAUUCGAAAACUGCUGUCGCUUCCGUUUCUUUUUCCGCCUUUUCGCUGAAAUUCGCUUGACGGACGUUUCACGAGCGAGUGAAUAUGUACAUGAGAACUUUUCGAUAUCCGUGUUCAUAUUUGUAGCAUGCCACAUUUGCAGGACGCAGCAGUUCUCGAAUCGAACACAACGUCGUUAACGCGCCAUUUUCGCGGCGGCCGAAUCGUCAGCUAAUCACGGACGAAUAAUCUCGACACAGAUAUGUAAAGAAAAAGAAAAGAGCGAAGAGAAAAAGGAGAAUAAAGAAAAAAAAAGAUCAUUGGCAUCCUGGAAUCCGCAAUUUCUUUGAUCUCAACAUUCGUCUAGCAUACAACGACUUGAUUAAUAUUUAACGAGUAAAUUUUUAAACUAUCUUAGUGUUGAUAGGUAAUGAUUGUGGGAACUAUAUAAGCUGCAAACAAGCAAAAAGUACUAACUCCACAACGGCGGUGUUGUAUAAAGUUCUAGGAAGACGUAUUUCUGUGUAUUAUUGCUGCAAAACGAGACGCUAUUGUUUGUCCUCUUGCUACGUGUAUGUACAUACAUUUAUAUACAUCCGUAUAUGUAUACAGAUAUAAAUACGAAGGCGGGGGGGGAAGAGUGUUUAGGACUCGUAACGAUAGGCAGGUAAAAACGCAAAACCUUUUACGAAACACGAGAAGGUACACCUUACACGCGUAGGUAGAUAGUUUAUUAUACCAUUAUUAUAAUUAUUACAUAUUAUCAUUAUUACGUUUAAUUAUUACGGAAAAUACGAUAUUUAAAUGUUGCUGAAUAUGAGAACACGACAAACGUGAACGCGCGCGAGUGUAAAUGGCUAAAAAGGGAGAAGAAGAGAAGGUGGAAAAAAAUAUCCGAAGAGUUAACGCGUAGAUAAACCGGGAAGCGAGCAAGGGAAAGAACGAUAGAGAGAAUGUGCGUGGAUGAAAGAGAGAGCAAAGGGUGUAACUGAUCGUGUGUGCGUGUGAGUGGUGGCGAUCCAGUGAAAAUGCGACGGAAUGAGAGAACGAGGGGCCGUGUAUUGGGGGCGGAGUGGAAUGGACGGUAUCUAAAACAAUGUACAGACCUUCGACCUUCCGCAAGAUGUGUGUAUAUCCACCCCCCCAGGAGAAAGAGAGAGAGAGAGAGAAAAAAAAAAAGAGUUCCGCUCUACCCACCCCUUUCCUCCCCCUGCGUCCCCUCUUGCAACCACCGGCCGCCCCCAGUCAUAGCAGUUAUGAACCGCGGGCCGGCAGGUCUGAGUAUAAUUUUUUGUACUGUGUAAAUGUAAGAACCAUACGUUUGAAUAAGAAAAAAAAUGUUUAUAUUACGAAA